AAUAACAUUGAAAACACGUGUUUACUGGGGGUCAUGUUGCACAAAAGACGUACAAAGACAGAGAAGCAAAACAACUUGUUUUAAAGUGACUUAUAAAUUAGUUUUGAAUUGCCUUGUAACAUGAAACAUUCAGUAUUAAAUAUUAAAACCCAAAUUAUGAGAACAAUCCCAGUGGGAACUGUAAGCUCCAAAAAUGUUAAACAAAUUUACAUGACAGAAUUUAUGUAACUGUUCUGACGGAGAACUGCUGUGAUUGUGUGGUCGCAUUGUACCCUCUAGUGGAGAAAAACAUACUAGCAACUAGGUUCAACUUUUUCUAUGAAAAUCAGUAGAAAAGCCUUGUCAGGCAAAAUGAACCAACAACUAUAAAUAUUGCACAGCUUUAUAUAAUUACUAGUUAUAAAAGACAGUUUGAGUGAAAAUAAAUGAAUACAAUAGGUGUACAUCUAGACUUCUCUUGACUUAAGUGUGCUUCUUGAAGAAGCCUUUUGCUUAAUUCUUUUGAGAAGACCUAGUGAAGAAUCUUAAAGGAUUAGUUCACUUCAGAAUUAAAAUUUCCUUAUAAUUUACUCACCACCAUGUCAUCCAAGAUGUUUAUGUCUUUCUUUCUUCAGAUGAAAAGAAAUUAAUUAAGAAAUUCCGUCAUUGACAAAAAAAAUUAGCGCUGACGGAAAAAUCUGAAGGCUGUCCGUCAUUUUGAUAGAUUACACUGAGGGUCUAUUGUAACUUGUAACUGUAAUUCUCACCCCUGUCCACUUGGUGGAGUGGACUUUUGCUGACUAUCAAGUUAAUGGAUAACGAAUGGCUUUUCUGAGUUACGUGACAUUGUUUACUGCUGUUUUAUUGAGGUCUUUUCGUGGUUGAAACACUGAUUGAGCGAUUACAUGGAUUUCGGAUGCUUGACCCAGCAGAUGAGUCAGUACUACCAGCAGCUGAUGCAAUGAUCGUUCCGCUGUCAAACACUGUUAUUCAUGAGACGUUUUUGUUUGCGUCAUUCCAUGGACACACAAGAAGAGUUACAAAGACAAAAAUAGCCUGUUAUGUAAUAUUGUGUAUGAAUACAUUUUUGAUUUACAUAAUCCACUAAUCUGUCCAAAUCAACCCUUAUUAGAGUCUCCCCAGUUCUUAUUUGAAUGUGCCAUUCAUGAACUCUGCUCAAGGCAAACCACGUUCUUUAAUAUGAAUCACUGAAUCUACCCCACAUAACAUUUUUGAAAAGAGUCUACUGUGCUCUCUCUCGCUCUCUCGCGCUCUCUCUCUCUCUCUCUUACUGGGCUACUGUGAAAAUCUGUUAUGCACAUUAAUCUGUGCGUGUUAGGUAAUCCAAAAUUAUCAAAUGUUCAGCACAGAUGAUUAACAGAGGGAGUUCAAGAGGAGAAGCCAAGGGAGGGAGGAAGGGAGAGAGGCACUGAACAUGUGAAAGAGAGAGCCACUCUGCAAAAGGAUUGCAUGUUGAUGUGUACAACAAGAGGGAGGACACUGUGAGAUGAUUGGUGCACAGAAAUAGCUCAGCCAAUCAGAGUGAUGACAGGAAAAUAACGGGCUCAGACAGAGAGAAAGCUUAGAGAGAGAGAAUAUCACUGACAUACAGAGGAGGAAGGCAACAAAAGUGGAUCAAAUUGGAAAGAGCAACUAUGACUACAGAUAGAUUAAUUCAUAGUGAGAUGUCUAGCAAUGGGUAGAGUGACAGAAGGGAAAAUCAACCAUUCUGCAGUGGAUCAUUCAAGGAUGCUUGAAGGUGCAGAAUCAGCCUCUUGGGAGAUAAUGCUGUGAAGGCCCUGAUCAGCAAGGCUGCACACAGCCAAACCAAAGCCAACGAGCUACAGCACUGGGUGGAGGCCGUGAACCGAUUCAAACGAGUGCGGAAAAAAAAGACACCAUGAGGACAUCCAGGAAAGGAAGCGUGGAAAUGCCUGCUUUUGUAAGGCAGCUGGUGAAGGAAACCGAGAAAAGGGUCACCUCCUUUUUUAAAGGGGGGCGAGGGGGAGGUGCAGGGGAGCUGUCCGAAGGUGAAGAGGGAGGAGAGGAGGAAGGGGUCAUCCCUAGCCCCUACUUAGAUCGACCGGUUCUGGACAAGCACAUGCAAGAGGGCUGUGCUUCCUGGGGACUUACCUACGCCCUGGCCAGCAUGCAGGGUUGGAGGGCCCACAUGGAGGAUUUCCACAACUGCUUCCCUCAGCUAGGAGGGGAACUGUCCCAUUGGGGGUUCUUCGCAGUGUUUGAUGGACACGCAGGAAGCGCGGUGGCCCAACACUGCUCCCGAAACCUGCUGGACCACAUCCUAGGCACAGGCAAGAUCCGAGCAGAUGCGGAUGUUGAAAGGGUCACUGAAGGCAUCAAGGAGGGCUUUUUUCUCAUGGACAAGCACCUUCAUGCCAUGGCUUGCCGUGAGGGUUGGGAACGCGGAGGGACCACUGUCGUUUCCACUGCUAUCACCCCGCACCACAUCUACUUUGUGAACUGCGGGGACUCUCGGGCCGUCUUGUGCCGUGCGGGGCGGGUGGCCUUCUCGACAGAGGACCAUAAGCCCUUCAGCCCUGGUGAGAGGGAGAGGAUAGAGAGCGCUGGAGGAUCUGUGACUUUGCAGCGCGUGAAUGGCUCGCUGGCAGUCUCUCGGGCGUUGGGGGACUUCAGUUACAAGACAGCCGAGUGGCGGCCGGUCACAGAACAGAUGGUCUCGCCCGAGCCGGAAGUGUCUGCUGUGGAGCGCUCGCCAGCAGAUGAGUUUCUGGUUUUGGCCUGCGAUGGUGUGUGGGACACUGUCAGUAAUGAAGAGCUCUGUGCCUUCAUACACAGCCGACUGCGUGUCUGCACAGAUUUGAGAGAGGUCUGCUCCCAGGUCAUCGACCUCUGCCUCUAUAAGGGGAGUCUUGAUAACAUCAGCAUCAUCCUAGUCUGUUUCCCUGGCGCCCCCCAGCUGUCACCUGAAGCACUGCACCAGGAGGCUGAGCUGGAGGACUUUCUGGAGUCCAAAGUAGCUGAGAUAUUUGAAGAGCUGAGUGCAAGAGGUGAUGAGCCUGAUUUGCUAUCAGUUCUGACAGUACUGGCUUCAACAGUGAUACCUGGACUACCACCAGGGGGCGGCCUACAGAGCAAGCGGAACUGUAUAAUUUCUGCCUACUAUCAGCAGAAAGAGGCACGGCGAUCAAGAUUAUCCCAGGAACUCAGUCCUACAGGUGCCAAUUAGAGUCCAUCUUUUAUAAAUGCUUAAUGGAUGUGAUAGAUUGAGGAAGAAGUAAAGGUUAUCAGUUGUCUGUCUUUUAAACUCGUAAGAAAUGGAAAGGAUCUUCUUUUUGGACAGCAACAAAAAUUUUACUUCCUUCUUUUUGUAUGUUUCCUAAAUGACGAAACUUAUAAAAAGCAACGCUGUGCCACAAUGCAGGACAAUAAUGACUGUAUAUAACUUUGACUCUUUAGAUUGUUAUACCUUCAGUAUUUUCCUUACCAAAUGUAUUCGAGUCUUACAAUCGACAAUACUCAGGUAAUGUGUUCAAGCAGUGAUGACAAAUUUUUGAGAUUCUCUACAGUCUUUGCAUUCUAACAGGUCGAUUUUUAAACCUAUAUUAACAGAAUAUUAAAUUAGCAACAAGCCAUCAGUGAUGUAUUAAAGGAAUAAUUCACCCAAAAAUGAUUUACUUGCCUUUAGUGCUUACUCCUUUUAGAAGCUUAACAGCAUGUGGUCACGAUAAUUUCCGUGUGUGUGUGUGUUGGAUGAAAGGGGAAAAAACAACCACAUACAGGUUAGGAUCUUGUAAUGACAGGAUUUUCAUUUUUAUGUAAACUAUUCCUUUAAGAAUAUUUAAAAAUGAUGAGAUCUCUAAGAAACAAAUUCUAUUAAAUAGAAUUAGAACAUGCACUUUUAAAUUUUGGAUUAUGUACAGGCCCAUAAUAAUAUGGUCAGAGUGCAAUUUUUCUGCUCUUGAAUAGUUGUUUCCUGUAAAACUCUCUACUCUGUUUGCAUGAUCUGUACUGUGUUGCCUUACUGACCUCUUUGAAAUUAUGCCAAUAUAUAAUGUUACUGAUAUUUCCUAAUGGCUAGCAAAUGAACUGAUGCAGUGCUGUAUCAUGUUGUGUAAUGAUCUUUGUGCACAUUUUACAGAUCUUGUGCAAUAUUUGUGCUAACAUAAAGGUUGAGUAAUAAAGAUAACAAACAGAUCAAGUCA